CAAACCGUGCAUCAAGCCUAGGCUAUAAAUACAAAUUCAUCCUAAAGCUCCUCUUUCAUAUAUCACACGAGAAAAAUCUGAAAUCCUCUUGUAAUUUUCUUAUUUUGCUUCGGAUUCCAUCAAUCAAAACCCCAAUGAUGAGGAGAGCAUAUGAAUCUGCUUCAACUUCUCAAAGAAUAGAUCGUAAUGGUGUUUCGCAGUAUAAAGAAGAAGAAGAUAAGGAUUUGGCACGACGAGUUGCCGACCAUUACAGUGCAAGGUCGAAUCAGACUUAUUCACAACGAGAAGCCAGUCCAAUCAUCCAUUUGAAAAAGCUUAAUAAUUGGAUUAAAAGUGUUUUGAUUCACCUCUACACUCGCACUGGAGAUGUUGUUCUAGAUCUUGCUUGCGGCAAGGGUGGUGAUUUGAUCAAGUGGGAUAAAGCAAGGGUUGGAUAUUAUGUUGGAAUUGAUAUAGCCCAAGGCUCCAUACAAGACUGUAGAACACGUUACAACGGGGAUCAAAACAAUCAUCAUCAGCGUCGCGGUCGCAGUAGGUUUACGUUCCCUGCACGCCUCUUAUGUGCUGAUUGCUUUGAGGUGCGCUUGGAUACAGUUUUGAGGGAUGAUGGGCCAUUUGAUAUUUGCAGUUGCCAGUUUGCCAUGCAUUACUCUUGGUCUACUGAGGCUCGUGCAAGGCGAGCCUUGGCCAAUGUAUCUGCCUCGCUUCGUCCAGGCGGGAUUUUCAUUGGUACAAUGCCAGAUGCGAAUGUCAUUACACAAAAGCUUAGAGAAGCGCAGGGACUGACUUUUGGCAACAGCGUGUACUCGAUAAGUUUUGACGAGGAAUAUGAUCAGAAGAGGUUUAAUUCAUCUACUCCGAUUGGUAUAAAGUACAAGUUCCAUUUAGAGGAUGCUGUGGAUUGUCCUGAAUGGAUAGUUCCUUUUCCUGUUUUCAAGUCACUGGCAGAAGAGUAUGGUUUGGAGCUUGUUUUCGUAAAGAAUUUCCAUGAAUUCGUGGACGAGUACAUGAAAAGGCCAGAAUUUGCUGAGCUUAUGCGGCGCCUUGGUGCUUUGAGUGAUGGAAAUCAGGUCACAUGCACUCUGUCACCAGAUGAAUGGGAAGUAGCCUACCUGUAUUCGGCGUUUGUCUUGAAGAAGCGAGGUGAAUCAAAUCCUGGUAGAAGGAGAGCCAAUAGAACAAACAACCGACCGGCACAGAUAUCAAAGGACGACAUUCUGUACAUCAACAGUGAGGAAUGAUUAGAGACGCAUUCUCCAUUCGGAUUGUAUCAUAUUUCAAAAACUAAUCAAAGGUGGAAAGCUCAUCAUACCCCAAUACUUCUUCUUUG